AUGGAGGAGGGCAAGUUCUUAGGCUUCAUGGUUACAAAUGACGGUUUCAAAGUUAACCCCGAAAAGGUCCAAGCCAUUGAGCGAAUGCCAUCAUCAUGCACGAUCAAAGAAAUGCAACGAUUGGCCGACCGCCUAGCCGCGCUUAAUCGAUUUUUAUCAAAUCACGCUGCAAAACCCUAUCCUUUUAUUAGUACCCUGCGCAACUACGUGAAAAAACAAGAGUUCAAAUGGACAGCAGAAGCGGAAGCAGCCUUCCAACAAAUGAAGGAGUGUUUGAUCAAGCUCCCUACCCUAACUGCAUCAUUCGAGAAAGAGCCACUCAUCCUGUACUUAUCUUCUUCGGAUAUGGCAGUGGGGUCGGUACUGUUGGUGGAAAGAGACGGAGUACAGACUCCAAUUUACUACGUUAGUAGGGUGCUUACAGAUCCAGAAACAAGUUACUUAACCAUGGAAAAAUUAGUGCUUGCGCUACUACACGCCUCUAGGAGGCUGCGCAGGUAUUUCACCGGACAUGUGAUCACUGUACUCACUAACUUCUAUAUUGGCACAAUUUUGCAAAAACCAAAAACGUCAGGUCGUUUUGCAAAAUGGGCGAUUGAAUUGGGGGGCCACAACAUUCUGUACAGGCCGCGCCCAGCCAUUAAAGGCCAAGUCCUAGCAGACUUCAUCAGCGAAGUCCCAGAAGACAAGAUCAAAGAAUGUGAAGUUGUUGAUACUCCCAUCAAUGUCACGACAGAUGAAUUAUGGUUGUUAUAUACUGAUGGAGCCUCGAAUGAAGACGGCACAGGGGCUGGUUUACGCCUUGUUAGCCCAGAAAAGCAUGAGUUUACUUACGCUAUCAAGUUGGAUUUCAAAAAUACCAACAACGAGGCAGAGUAUGAAGCGUUCUUGGCAGGCUUACGCCUGGCCAUCAAGAUGGGAGCUCAAAACUUACAAGCGCAUGUCGACUCUCUCCUGAUUGCGAGUCAAAUUAAUGGGUUAUAUGAUGCGAAGGGCGAAGUUAUGGCUUUGUACUUAGAGCAAGCGAAGGAGUUGCUUCAGCAGUUCAAAUCAUACAAGGUUGUCCAUAUCAAUCGAUCUGAGAACAAGCCAGCGGGCGCACUAAGCAAGCUCGCUUCAACAGCUUUCCAACAUCUCGCCAAAGAUGUAGGAAUCGAAGUCUUAAAAAACCCAUCUAUGUUGUUGCGACAAGUGAAUGUAAUCGAGAUAGGUCCACCAUCAUGGAUGACUCCUAUCAUUCAAUAUCUUCAAGAAGGAAUUCUCCCUGAGAACAAAGCGGUGGCCAGAAAGAUACAAAACAAAGCGUUGUUCUAUGAGACGAACGGAGGAUUUUGUACAGAAGAUCCUUCUUAG